ACUUCUUCUUCAGUCUUCACGCCCACUUUUUUUCUUUUCAUUUUUUCGUAAACAAAUCAAUCAGUUUUAUAGCUUUUCUCUUCUCUUAUCCGUUCACGUUUUGCUUCGAUUCGUCUUCUUUAGUCUCUCUCUGGAUCUUCAGUUUUUUUACGCAUAGAUCUUCUCAUCUUCACUCUCUGAUUUUGCCCUCUGGUGGAUUAGAUUACAACAAAGCAGUGAAUGUGAAAUUGCUAAAAAGUGCAUAGGAGGAGUAAACAAAACAGCAUGAGUUGGUUCACAAGUUCUGUUGAUUUGUACCGUAAAGUUGUGCCCUUGAAUCUGUAUUGCCGUGUUAUUCUGUAAAAUCUCUUCUCUACCUCAUCUUCUUCAAUUCCUCUUCUUUAAAUCUUUUCUGUUGAUCUUAGUUUCAUUAAUAAUGGGAUCCCAACGUUUCUACGUCUUUCAUUGUGAUCAAUAUAGGAUCAUCUAAACCAUUCUCCUAAAACCCUCUAAAGCUUUUCUUUUUCAAGUCUUCCUUCUUUCUCUUUAUUUCUUCUCAAAGAUCAUUUGUCUUUCUCUUUCUUCUUCAAGUCAUCUGUCUCUUUUGAUUAGCUUUGCUCUGUUCUGUGGAGCAAUUGCAGUCGUUUUUACAUUCACGAGUUUUGGCAAAGUGAUGGUAAGUCAAUCAGCUGGUCAGACAAGAUUUCGAACAUUGAAGUACGAGAACAACGGAGAUUCCAACAAACCAACAAUUGUAGUGAGAGUUAUUGCUUGUUUUCAACCGAUGGAUAAUUGUCAGGCUGAAUACUUUAGACAUAUACUCAAACCAGUGACGUAGUUGGUUUCUGAGUUCGUGUUUGUAUUUUGGAGCUGGCCUUUUUUUUCUUCGUUUUGUCUCUAUUUUUCUUUUACGAUUGUUUCAAGAAAGAAUCAAGAAGCAGUGCGUUCAACACACAUUAGAGCAAUACCUUCCACAAUCGUACUUGUAUUCCUGUAAAGUUUCCUUUGCUAAAACUGUAAGAGCAUGCCUCUUGAUACCAGGCAGCAGAAGAAAUGGUUGCCAUUAGGCCUAAAUCCUCAAGCUUGCGUCCAGGACACAACUACUGAGUCUUCCUGUCCUGAAAUCCCUUUUCCGGAACUUGGUAAAGUGUAUGCAGCUGAGCGUCAGUUUUGUUAUUUGCAGCCACCGUUCCAAGCCUUGCUGCCAAGUUAUGAUCAGCAGUCUUGUGGAAAACAAGUUUCAUGUUUGAACGGGCUAUCUAGCUGCGCAGCUGCUCCAGAGGGGGCGACACUCAAGUCUUCUCAGAAAAGAUUCCUAGUAUUUGAUCAGUCAGGAAAUCAGACUCGUUUGUUACAAUGUGGAUUUCCUCUGCGGUUUCCUUCUUCUAUGGAUGCAGAGCGAGGGAACAUUCUCGAUUCCCUACACCCUGAGAAAGGGUUCAGUAAAGAUCAUGCCACUCCAGAAAAUAUAUUGCUCCAUCAAGAUCAUGUUAAUGGCGAACAAGAGUCAGAAAUGCACGAAGACACUGAGGAAAUCAACGCGCUGCUGUAUUCUGAUGAAGAAGACAAUGAUGAUUGGGAGAGUGAUGAUGAAGUCAUGAGCACUGGUCAUUCUCCAUUCCCAGUUGAACAACAAGCGUGCAAUAAAACAACAGAAGAACUGGAUGAAACUGAAAGCAGUGUUGAUGGUCCACUUUGUAAAAGGCAGAAACUACUGGACCAUUCAUCCAGAGACUUAUCACCGUCCCUUGUGGUCACCAAGAGUUUCACUAAAGCCAAAGGCCUAUCAGAUGAAAAACUUCCUGAAUCCAACAUGUCAAGCAAACAAGAAACGGGUUCUGGUCUAAGUGACGAGCAGUCAAGAAAAGACAAGAUUCACACUGCUCUGAGAAUCCUGGAGAGCGUAGUCCCAGGGGCAAAGGGAAAAGAAGCUCUAUUACUACUGGACGAAGCCAUUGACUACCUCAAGUUGCUGAAGCGAAACAUAAACUCAUCAAAGGGUUUAAACAACCAUUGGUGAAAAACCUAAGACCCCUUUUGCUCUAGUGAUAAGCAUGUUUGGUUGGUUAAAGAGAAGACAAGGGACAAAAGAUAAUCAAUGGGGUAAAGGACUGAUGUAUGUAGAGAGAGAUUCUCUCAAAUUCAUUAACGUGGGUUUGAAACAAUUAGAACACGCCUGGUGACCCUAGUGGGACCGUAUCCACUGUUCAUCUAGCUGGAUCAAUAGUGGUUUUACUUUUGGAUAUGGCAUGCUCUCUAAAAAGAAAGAAGAAGAAAACAAUGGUCACUUUCUUCUGUGCUUGGAGUGGAAGAAAAGUGAAAGAAGGGAAAAAAGCAAAGUCUUGGUGCUCAUUGAUCGUUAAUAAUUAUCUUUUUGUUUUUCCUCCUGGGUAAUAAUAUCUCUGUGAAGGUGGUGGUGGUGGUGGUGGUGGGGUAGGCUGUGGAUGAAGAAAAUUCAAAAAGGCAAAAAUUGAAAGUUUUAUUUUUGGAGUGGUUGUGACUUGUGUAAAUUGAAAUCUUCCCACUUUCGUUUGGUAAAAAAUCUAUGUCCCCACUCUCUUUUGUCUCAUUAUUGCUCUUCUGUUGCUAUCAAUCCCAUAUCUUGUCAUUUUUUUUUGUUGUUGUUCUUUUUAAAAUCUCUGGCUCUUAAGCUCUUCAAGGGACUUGUACUACUACUGUAUUGUUAUCUGCUUCUGUUGUUUCUCCCGUGGGUCUAGUCAUGCUUUUGUAUCAUAUAAAUAAACUUGUAAGGGUGUUAAUAAUGAUACUAGUUCUUUUGCUU